AUGGCGCACGGCGCGCGGUGGACGAUCGGGGUGCUGGCGUUCGUGUGCGCGUUUUACGCGUUCGCGGUGGCGGUGCGCGCGGCACCGUUUAGCGCGCGGCGGAAACGCACGUACGUCUGGGUCGCGUGCGUCUUGGCGUAUCUGGUCUUGGAUGAAUUGGAAAGCGAACCGGGGGACGUCGCGCGCGUCGGAAUUAUGAACGCGACGACGUUCAACUGUUACCGCGCGUGUCGCUUCGAUUUGCUGCGCGUCAUGUGUUUCGGCGUAGAGUGCGUCGAGGAGUCGGCGACGCCAGACCUCGGAAAAUUCGUGAGAUACGUGCUGUACCCGCCUCUGAGAGCGAAGGGACCUUUCUGCUUUUACAGAGAGUUCGAGCGACACCGGUGUGAUCACGAUCGACGGCGGUGGUUGUACGCGGCGUUGGAGACCGUAGACUCCUUGACGUGGUACGCGUUACUCGAGUUUGCGCAUCGGACGUAUUACGAUCCUUUCGCCGACGUCGCCAACGCGUCGCUCUUUGAAAAGAUAUCACACGCGUGGACGCACACGACGGCGAUGUGGGCCGGGCCAACGUUGAUCUUCAAUCUUAGUCACGCGCUGGCCGUCAUCGACGGUCAGGUUGUCAUUCGCGACGUCAGCGUCGAUUGGCUAAAGUCGGGAACGUCGUUCGGUACGUUUUGGAGAAAGUUUCACUGCAGUCUGCACGAGGCGUUCGUGCGUUUACUCUACCGCCCACUGGGAUCGAGCGUGAUUUCCGUUGUCGUCGUCAUGGCGUUUUCUCUGCUCUUUCACGGCUUGAAGUCCAAGGCAUGGUUUGUUUUCUUCGGAGCGAACACCGCGGGCGUUGUCUUCGAGCGGUGUUGUCAUCGACUUCGAUCGAGCGAUCGCACGGCGGCAGCGCUCUACCAGACCGCGCUUUUCGUGCUCUUCACAAAGUGUACGACGAACAUUUCGAUCGACGCGAGAUACGUCGUCGCAAACUUUGUGCUGUUUUGGUGGAAUCGACGCGCGAGAGACGAAGACGACGAAGGCGACGAUUGA